AGAGUUAAAAGUUGAAUGAAUGAAUUGAUGAAAUGACAAUGAAUGAAUUCGUCUUAUAUUAGGCUUUCGGCGUAAUCGCGGGAUUCACGGGACGGGUGGUCGGCUUGCGGCGUAAUCGGGCAGUUGGAGCUUUCAUGGGAUUGGGGUACUUGGGUAGCUGAUAAUUCACCACUAGUAAUUAUUUGACUGCGGUGCGUUUCUGUCGUGGAGACGCCCUUUCCAAAACAAUCAAUUUAAAAAUUUUGGUUCUAAUAAGGAAUAAUCAUAUAACUAUGGGUUGUUGUAGGUGUCAUCAUGGGCACAUGCGCCUUGUUAAUUGUGUUGGCGUCGUUGCUGCCGCACUACAUCGCGGGCAUUGUGCUGUUGGUGCCGGGCGUGUGCGGCAUCGCCGCCAACACGGUGCUGGCUGCAGCUAUAGUCGAGGUGAUCCCCACCAGCAUGAGAGCCCUGGCGAUGUGCACCCUCUUCAUGAUAGGGAGGCUGGGCGCGGCCGUAGGGGCCCAUUCGCUGGCGGCGGGACUUGAGAAAAACUGUAUCGCCGUAGUCCUGUUUAUAACCAUACUCACUACAGUAACGGGGGUCCUGUUGUUCCUGUGGCCGGAUAGUGAAAAAGUGCGGGCUACUAUGGAGGCGCAAAAUUUCAACUAUUGAAGACUGCAGCUAAUUAU